GCGCAAGAGAAGGAGGAACUUUACGCAUGCGUCUAGCAGUUUGCCUAGUGGCAAUGUGGGUGAUUCGCAUUUGGACCCGGUGUUGAGUCAGGGUCUUUGACAGUGUACAUUAAGGAGCGAACAGGGUUGUUGUUGUAAUAGGAUGGCAGCAGUAGGUGAAGCAGUGCAUCGAAUAAUUGUGUAUGGAGGGAAGGGGGCAUUGGGAACGAAGUGCGUUGAAUUCUUUAAAUCCAAAGGUUUUUGGGUUGCCUGUAUUGACAUUGCUGUUAAUGAAGAUGCUCAUGCAAACGUGCAAGUUAAGAUGUCUGAUUCCUUCACCGAGCAGGCGGAGCAGGUAACAACAGAUGUGGGAAACCUUUUAGGAGAAGGCAAAGUGGAUAUGAUCGUCUGUGUGGCAGGAGGAUGGGCUGGUGGUAGUGCAAAAGCAAAAUCUUUAUAUAAAAACUGUGACCUCAUGUGGAAGCAGAGUGUUUGGACUUCAACCAUUUCCAGUCAUCUUGCCACAAAGUACCUAAAGGAAGGAGGCUUGCUGACUUUGACAGGAGCGAGUGCAGCUCUAGCUGGAACACCAGGAAUGAUUGGCUAUGGUAUGGCGAAGGCAGCUGUACAUCAGCUGUGUCAGAGUUUGGCUGGUGAAAACAGUGGAUUGCCACCUGGUUCUGCUGCCAUAGCAAUUCUACCUGUUACCUUGGAUACACCAAUGAAUAGGUCUUCAAUGCCUAAUGCUGACUUUAGUUCUUGGACACCCUUAGAAUUUGUUGCUGAAACAUUUUACAAGUGGUUCAGAGGAGGGAGUGGCUCAGAGAGGCCAUCAUCUGGAAGCCUGAUACAGCUGAUUACCAAAGGAGGAAAAUCAGAACUGAUUCCAGUUCAGCCUUGAGCAACCACAGAAAUGGAAUAUCAUAAAGAAAUGCUGGAAUCCUUAUAAGUGCUGUGUGAUUUUGUCUAGUCAUUGUCCAGUAUAUUAACAUCUGUAUGUACAAUUUAUGUGCAGGUGUCAUCAUAGUACAUGAAAACCACGUAUCUAGCAUUGUGACUUAAGCAACCUCAGUGCAUAUUAUUGUGGUAUUGUCUUAUUUUGAUGUAGUCUAUACAUGUGAGUAUGGUACAGAAGUAUUACAUGCGACUUGCUGUUUUAUAAUGCCAAAUUAAUUUUUGUAUGUUGUAGUAAGUGGUUAGUUUUGCCCAUAGUUAUCCAUCUGAAGUUAGAUGGGUUACUUAAGGAACACUGUGCAAAAUAAAUACAUUUGAUUUUAA